AUGGGUCAACAACCUUCUUUACUACCUAAUGGAUUUAGCUCAAAAAAGAAGCCUUGCAUCUUGAUGCUUGGGUUGGAUGCUGCAGGGAAGUCGACUAUGCUGUGGAAACUGCGCCCCAACGACAUUAAUACCCGCAUAAUUACAAUAGGUUUCACGACCGAAACUGUGGAAUACGAGGACGUCAGCAUCAUAUCAUGGGACACUCCUAAUAAUCACACAGGUCGAGCCUUGAGACAACAUUACUUUGCGCAGGCAGACGCGUUAAUCUACGUUGUGGACUCUGCAGAUAGAGAGCGACUACCGGAGACUAGAGAGGACCUGCAGGAAUUAUUGGAGGCGGAACACCUCGCGGGACUUCCACUACUGGUGUUAGCCAAUAAGGAAGACCUACCUGCUUCUAAGGAAGUUGGAGAGCUCAUUGAAUGCUUCAACCUUCAGUCACUGAAGGAUAGGGAUUGGUAUAUUCAGUCUUGUUGCGCAAAUGGUCAGGACGAGGGUUUGCUGGGAGGUUUCGAAUGGUUAUUCAACACGUUGAAACGAACGGCAGGACAGAGACGUGUGUCGAGAGAAAACUCUCAAUGA